AUGGGUUCCCUCCAAAUCUGCUCCUUUUCAAUCAUAUUCAUCACACCCACGAACAUUCAAUGCAGUCGAGCAGCUGGACCUGCUGUUCCUGACAGAAGAAGUGCGACAGAAACCGGACAACCCGCAAGAAUUACGCGAAGCUUGAGAUCGCCUGUCACAGUGGUGACUCCCGUCCGGAAUGGAUGGAUCGGGGAGAAGCAGAAAAGAAUGGCGCGGCAAAUCAAUGCCGAAGUCGAGCAGAGCGCCGAAGCUCGUCAGGGCAGACAAUAUGAUGUCCGGGUCAUCAGCAUAAGUGGUGAUCAAACCGCCUCGCGCGACCCCUUCUGA